ACUACUGACAAGUAAGAAAGCAGAAGAACACAAACAAGCCCAAUCUCUCCAGCUCUUCUCUGACAAGAAGCUCCAGGAAAUCAGCAGAAGAUGUUUCCUCUCAGCCUCGUACAGCCCUCACACUCCCCAUUGUGUCCCUGCAGUCAGCCUGCACUCACACUCUGACCAGCCACUUGCCUCAUCUUUGGCCACCUGGAAGAUGACAUUCUGAGCAUGAGGAAUGACAUGGAGAGGAGAAUGCAGCGUGUCAAUGAGGCUUGUAGGCUCCUCUCUAAGGACACAGAGAUGAGAAGAAUAACAGAUCAGAACCGACAGUCCAGAGAAAGUGAGGGGACCUCUCCCAACUCAGGCAAAGAUGGGAAGGAUCACUUUGAGCUGACGCUGAAUGUGAGGGACUUUUCUCCUCAUGAACUAACAGUGAAAACACAGGGAAGGAGAGUGAUUGUGAUAGGGAAACAUGAGCGGAAAAGUGACACUGAGGAUGGAAACUACUUCCAUGAAUACAGAGAAUGGAAGAGAGAAGCUGAACUGCCAGAAAGUGUGAAUCCUGAGCAAGUUGUGUGCUCCUUAUCCAAGAAUGGGCACCUGCAUAUUCAGGCUCCUCGACUGGCACUGCCACCUGCCCCAGAGACACCCAUUCCUAUCAGCAUGGAUAUGGCACCCAGAGAUGCACAAGAACUCCCACCUGAUGCCCAGACCAGCAAUGCAGAAGGAGACCAACAAGUGGACUGAAUUCUAAUAACAUGAAAGGACUUUUGUUCUUACAAUACUUGGUUAUAUACUUUUUCUUUAUUCAUUUUAUAAAAUGUUUCAGUUUUAUUAUGGCAGCAGGUAUAUUUAAAUUUUUUAUAAAAUAAAACUAUCUUUUGGUCUUUACUGUGUACCCUUUAAAAAAAAUGUAAGUAUAAAACAUGAUGAACUACUGACUCAUAUAAAUACAUAUAUAUAUAUAGUUUAUAAUAUUUUUAUAUAUAUAUAUAUAUAUAUAUAUAUAUAUAUAUAUAUAUAUAUAUAUAUAUAUAUAUAUAUAUAUAUUAGUAGGGGGCUC